AUGGCCAAGACAUAUCUUGAAGCGAGUCCCCUCGCUCAACCAAGUGUUGUCAUCGUUGACUAUGCCGAGUCUAUUGGGGGAAGCUGGGCCAGAGAGAGGCUAUAUCCAGGUUUGAAAACCAACAACGCCGUCGGUACAUACGAGUUCAGCGACUUUCCAUUAGACUUGAAGCAUUACGGUCUUAAGCCUGGUCAGCAUAUCCCUGGAGCAGUCGUUCAUCAAUAUCUCUCGGAUUUUGCAGAGCACUACGGCUUGAAUUCUCUCAUCCGUUACCAGACGAAAGUCGAUGCAGCCACACUGCAGGACGACAACACAUGGAUUAUUGAGUAUUCUUCAGUUGCGUCGCCAAAUGGUUCAGCAUCCAAGCCAACCGUUGGUCAAAUAAUGGCAUCCAAGCUAGUCAUCGCCACCGGCACUACAUCACAACCUUAUAUGCCUACAUUCCUUGGGCAAGAUAAGUUUAAAGGGAACUUGUUCCAUUCAAAGCAACUCAAGGCUCGAGCCCGAGACCUGGCUACUUCCCGCUCUGUCGUGGUGAUCGGUGGAAACAAAUCAGCAUGGGACGUUUGUUACACUGCCGCAAGCUCCGGAGCUCAAGCACAUAUGGUGAUGAGGCCUUCUGGAGGAGGUCCUAGCUGGGUAUGGCGUCCCAUACAAAUCGGCUCCUUCACUACAUCACUUUCACGCUUGAGUGUGACUCGUCUACUCACCUGCUUUGACCCGAGUCCAUUUGGGAGAGUUUACAAGGCACUACGAAAGUUACUCCACUGCACAACCCUUGGGCGCAUGGUCUGUUCGCUCUUCUGGGCCAGCCUCGACCGCCAUGUGCAGAAAACGAACGGAUAUCGAGAAGAUGCUCGGGUUGGAAUGCUUCAACCUUGGACUUCAACAUUUUGGAUGGGUAACUCGCUGAGCAUCCACAAUUACGAGACUAACUGGUUCGACCUUGUCAAGAGUGACCAGAUUGCGGCUCAACAUGCCGAUGUGGUUUCUUUGACAGAGACCACGGUACAUCUCUCGAAUGGGGAGAUACUUGAGGCCGACACAAUUGUGUGUUGCACCGGUUGGAUGUCUCUCCCGAGUAUAAAGUUCAGUCCACCAUGGGUUGCUUCAAAAAUUGGACUUCCUGGGGGCAGCGUCAAGAAUGGGCAACAUGAUUCUGAGCGACAAACGGGACUCGACGGACUACAGAAACAGGUUGAUGAACUUGAAGACAAACAAGGGCCAGGAACGAACAAUUCAUCUCUUGUGGCCAAUGUUCGCAAGCAUAUUAUGGAAUCAGUUCCAGAACUCAAGUCAAAACCUUUCAGAUUCAGGCACGAACUGGUUGUAAAAGGUGAACAAGUUGUCGAAAAGGGCAAUCCAAGAGAUAUUGGUCACUCCGUACAGGAGGAUAAUGCGCCUUACAGACUAUACCGCUUUAUCGUACCGCCACACGAAGAAUUCCUCAGAAUGCGCAACCUGGCUUUCAUCGGAGAACACCUAUCGAUUCAUGCCGUGAUGUUGGCACAGGCUCAAGCCUUGUGGAUUACAGCCUACUUCCAAGGCAAGUUACCAGCUCUGGAUGCUGAUUCUGUUCGCUACGAGACGUACUUGCACACAGAGUACGAACGUAUCAGAAGGCCGAAAGAGGCAGGAGGAUCAGGUGGACGUUUUCCCGAUCUCGUGUUUGACAGUCUUCCCUAUGUCGACUUGUUACUAGAGGACCUUGGCUUGCAGACGAUGAGAAAGCGGUCAUGGUGGAGGAAUAUGUUCGUGCCGUAUAACCUGCACGAUUACCAAGGGCUUGUCAAAGAGUUUCUAGGUCAGAAAGGAGGGAUGUGA